AUGGUUGCGACAAGUGCCAAAGACGUGGACAGCGCCGAAGUCGUGAAAUACAUCGCCCACUUCCUGAAGAAAUCCGGCAAAGUGAAGCUGCCCGAGUGCGCAGAUCUCGUCAAACUAGGGCAGUCCAAGGAGUUGGCUCCCAUCGACCCCGAUUGGUAUUACAUCCGAUGUGCCGCCAUCGCUCGAAGACUCUAUUCACGCCCCACAGGUGUCGGCGGCCUUCGAAAGAUCUACGGAGGCAAGCUUAGACGCGGCGUUCGACCAAAUCACUGGAUUGCCGGAUGCGGCUCCGUCUGCCGAAGAGCCCUUCAGACUUUGGAACAUCUUAAAUGGGUGGAGAAGGGCCCGGAAGGAAAAGGACGUAUUAUUUCAAAGCAGGGACGCAAGGAUUUGGACCGAAUUGCAGCAGAUGCGAAAUCAAAACAAGUGACCGAACAGUAU